AUGACGUUUCCCUUUCUGUUUUCUCCAGAUCCCGAUUUGCUAGAUCGAUUCGUUGCUCCCUUCAGGAAACGAAAACCAGUCCGCGUCUACAUGGACGGCUGCUUCGACAUGAUGCACUACGGCCACUGCAACGCGCUCCGGAUGAUAUUGGUGAAGGCUGUUAAGCGGGUGGAUGAGGUUAUUCCCGAUGCUCCUUACGCAAUCACGGAGGAGUUCAUGAAGAGGUUGUUUGAUGAGUAUCGGAUUGAUUACAUUAUCCAUGGGGAUGAUCCUUGUGUUCUUCCUGAUGGAACUGAUGCUUAUGCCUUGGCUAAGAAGGCUGGGAGGUAUAAGAAGAUCAAGCGUACUGAAGGAGUUUCCAGCACUGAUAUCGCUGGAACGAACUUUCGAUAUGGAAACUUUGAUUCUUCUUCCGCUGAGAAUGGGUUUGAGUCUUAUAGGUAG